AUGGCAACCACAUACACUAUCGAAGAACUCUACUCGUUUGAGAAGAAUGCAUGCCUCCCAGAGGGCGUUGAUCUUCAGCCUUUCCUCAACCUCGUGGCAACAGUCACUGAAAUUCUAAGACAUCUUGACGAAACUUUCCCACGCCGUAAGUCCUUCAACCACAGCAGACCACAGAAGAAAAAACAACCAAAGGAAAUUGUCGACGAAGACGGAUGGACUACAUUAGUGACAGAGAAACACGCAAACGAAGAUCCAGUUGAAGGUACAGUCAAUUCUGACAGUGCAGUUGUUGAGGAAUCUACCGAAACCGAACCCGCAGCUGCAAACAACAAGAAGGGUAAGCCAGCAACAGGUAAAAUCAGAAUCAAUGCGGCCAAAAUUUCAUCGGGUAAAAGCAGUGUUGGUGAUGCCAGGGAUACCAUCGCAAUCACACAAGUUUCUAAAUUCAAUGCCUUCGACGCACUAGCUUUAGAUGACGAUGAAUAA